CCGUGUUCUCGAUCUCCAGUAUUACCAUCGUCGUCUUUGUCGUCGGGUCACUCGUCUUCCAGGAAGCCGCGACGGAAGUUUUCAAAAAAUACCCGCGAGUGGAUCACGAUAAACCUCGAUUGGUUUUUCUUGAUUGCUGCCAACCUCACCUUGCUCUUUUGCCUAUAUGUGGCAUGUUCGCCUCUCGGCAAGGUGCGCCUCGGGGGGGCCGAUGCAAAACCUGAAUACUCUAACGCAACUUGGUUUGCCAUGCUCUUUGCGGCCGGCGUGGGCAUCGGUCUGCUGUUUUACGGGGUGGCGGAGCCGCUCUACUACUUCCAAAAGCCGCCGCUUGGCAUCCCCGCCGGAACAGAAGAAGCCGCUGCCGUCGGCAUCGCGGCAACCGUUUUUCACUGGGGGCUACACGGUUGGAGCAUUUACGGCCUCGUUGGACUAGCUCUCGGAUACUUCGCCUACAACCGGGGAUUGCCGCUCACCAUUCGCUCGGCGUUCUAUCCCUUGUUCGGCGACCGCAUCUGGGGCUGGCCUGGCCAUAUCAUCGAUACGUUCGCCAUCUUCGCUGGUCUGUUCGGGCUUGCGACCUCGCUCGGCUUGGGGGUUAAGCAGGUAACCUCCGGUUUGAAUUAUCUGUUUGGUGUUCCCGCGACUAAUACCACCAUGGUAGUGCUGAUUGUGGUGAUUACGUCCAUCGCGCUGACAUCGGUGCUGGCGGGUAUUAAUGUCGGGAUCAAGCGCCUCAGCCAGUUCAAUAUAAUUCUCGCGUUGUUGUUGCUGUUGGCGAUUAUUGUUCUGGGGCCGACGCUCUAUAUUUUCCGCAGUAUGUUCGCUGCGCUCGGUAGCUAUCUCGUCAAGAUUGUGCCGCUCAGCAACUGGGUAGGGCGCGAGGACGUGGAUUUCCUGCACGGUUGGACGACAUUCUACUUCGCCUGGUGGUUUGCUUGGGCACCUUUUGUCGGCACGUUCAUCGCCCGCAUUUCCAAGGGUCGCACAGUGCGCGAAUUCAUAAUUUUCGUGCUCAUCCCGCCGAUGGUGUUGUGUUUGCUGUGGUUUGGGACCUUUGGCGGCACGGCUCUCUAUCAGCACACCGUUGAGGGCUAUACCGGUGUAACCGAGAAUGUUGCGGCGUGGAAGCUGGAAAUCGCCUUGUUCAAAAUGUUCGACCAACUCCCACUGACGAAGCUGCUUUCAUCGGUGGCGAUCCUGCUGACCAUUGUAUUUUUCGUCACCUCGUCGGACUCCGGUUCGUUGAUUCUUGACACCAUCGCAGCCGGCGGCAAAGUUGACGCUCCAGUAGCGCAACGGGUCUUCUGGUGUACUAUCGAAGGGUUAGUCGCUAUCGCACUCCUACUUGGCGGAGGGCUGAAUUCGUGCAGGCAGCCUCGCUCGCAACCGGCCUCCCGUUCGCUAUUGUUAUCUUGGGAAUGGCCGUCUGCGUCUGGAUAG